AUGGCAUCCAACACUUCUUUUACGCUGGACGUCCCCACGGUCCUGAGCAUUGUGGUCUCUCUUUCCUUGAUGCCGGCUGCCCUGAUCCUCAGCCGAAGCCUCAUCCCGGCCAACAAGACUCGCGAUCGUAUCCUCUUUUUCUGGCACGCCUACGAUGCCCUGACACAUCUGUUGAUUGAGGGCUCCUUUGCAUACCACUGCUUUUUCAGCUACACCACUGUUGUCAACAACCCUGAAAAGGGACCUUACUGGUUCAACGACCCCACCCGCCUCUACGGCCCGAACCACGGCACUGGCCCAACUGCGCGACUCUGGCAGGAGUAUGCCAAGGCAGACCUCCGCUGGGGAGGAACCGAUACCGGGGUUGUCUCUCUCGAGCUGUUGACCGUCUUGAUCGGAGGCCCGACCGCUACCUACAUCUGCUACCUCCUCUGGCAGUCCAACACGAAACUCAAAGCCCAGUCCCGCGGCAGUGUCAAGGCAACAUUGUGGUUCUUCUCGAUUGCGCUAGCCACAGCAGAGCUAUACGGUGGCUUCAUGACCUUUGCACCAGAGUGGCUCACCGGAAGCACCGCGCUUGUUACCGAGGACCCAGUCUACCUCUGGUUGUAUCUCGUCUUCUUCAAUACACUCUGGGUGUGGAUUCCAUUGUGGGUCCUGUGGGAGGCAUCCAAGGAGCUGCGCGCCGCUUUCGUGGGAGCUGAGACACAGGCUGCGCUCAAGAGCCAGUAA